AUGCUCGAGGUGCAAGCGGCACGGGCGAAGGCCCCCAAGGGCAUUCGUAUGCAAGACGUCGACGACCUCGUUGAGGACAACAGGGAGUGGCUGGAGGAGGAUACUUGCCGAGGCAGCGGCCGGCGCAACAUGUAUGACUUAUGUCAGCGCAUCAUUGCGUGGACCACUUGCCAAGAGGAGAUUCUGGUGCUCUCCGAGGAGGACGCGGCCAAGAUUGCCAUGUCCCUCAGCGAGAAGGACGAGCCUGGCGGGCCGCUUUUCGAGGACGGCACUCUGCAGUUCCGGCCGGGCGUUCGACUGGCAAACAUCGAUGUUGCUGGCUUCGCAAUUGAAGGCAUCCUGUGCGAGGGCGGAGAGCAGCGUCAAGACUAUUGGGCCGAGGGUGAGGGCCGGCAGCGGCACUGGAAGACGAGUGCGAAGCAUGGGCGGAAGACCAAGGACGCAGCUGCCAUCCCUGAGUUCCUGAAGGGUUGCAAGCUGGGAGAGGCCUCCGCCCGGCGCAAGAAGAAGCUCCUGAAGAAGCCCGGGACCGCCGUCGUUCUGCGGAAGGGGGUCGCCUACGUGGACCUUACCGAGCAGGGCGAAUUUGGUCCCCUCUCGAGUUUUGUCUCCCAUUUUUGGGGCGAGGAGACACUCCAAUUCAAGGAGGCGCUGCUGCUGCACGCCCGCAAGAUCUACCCCGCAGAUCCAGGCAAGGUUGUGUACUACAUCUGCACGUUUUCAAACAAUCAGCACUGCGUGGACCUGGGCACGGACUGGAGAGAGUCGCCCUUCAACCUUGCUUUGGAGUAUGUGGCUGCAUGCCACCGUCUCCACCAAGAGCCGGUCUACGGGGCUGUGAUGGUGAUUGAUGCAGCGUGCACCCCACUAAAGCGCAUCUGGUGUGUCUUCGAGGUCUUCCGCUGCCACGCCCUGGGCCUGAAGCUGGACCUGUACAGCUCAGAGGGUCAGCUGUGCCGUGGCAGCAGCUCCAAGCUUAUGGAUGAGAUCCUGAAGAUCUUGCAAAAGCUGGACCUGAAGGACACCCAGUGCUCCGAGCCGGAGGACAAGCUGAAAAUCGAGGCCGCCAUCACAGAGCACCCGGGGGGCUGGACCGCCGUCGCCGGAAUGGUUCAGCUGCAGGUGAUGGAUCUGCUCACGUUCACGGGACGCCUGGCAGUGACCCGGAAUGCCUUCACAGGCCAAGAGGUGGAACCUGAGGAAAUUGAGCUGCAGGACCUCUGGAACAACGAGGUGAAGCUGUCCGGCGAUCUCAUCGAUUCGUGCAUCAAGGGCGACCUCUCGCGCAUCCUCCUGAUUGGACCUGGAGGUUCCGGCAAGACCGUCUUUGCCAGAGAGGUCGUACGGCGCGUCGUGCACUUGGCAAGCCAGGAUGCAGCCGGACCCAGCAUCCUUCCCGUCCGCGUGCCCCUGGCUGAGCUGGCGCAGUACGUGAAGGAUCCAAGUGGAGACUUGCUCCGUUGCUGGGCUGAACACGCAUUUGGUGCUGAGAGCGAAGAACUGUUUCAAGGAGACCGCCAGCUUCUGCUGGUCCUCGAUUCCUUCGAUGAGGCCGGCGCAGCGCGGCGGCAAAUCCUCAGCUGGCUCGAGGCAUGGCUCCAGGCCCACAGCCAGCGCUGCACCUGCGCGAUCAUGACUAGCCGGCCAUCCGGCACGGAGCAGAUCUUGGAAGAGGAUGGCAGCGCUCGCGAGGCGGUGCGCCUGCCGGUGCUGGGCCAGCUGUCAGAGACCUGCCUCGUGACGCGGGAGACUCCCGAAAGCCGCCACAUCCAGCUGUUGAGAAGUUCUGGAAGUCCGGCCACGAACCUGGUGGUUUCCAUGGAGCAGGCGUUCCUUCUGCCGAAGUUGGACCUGCAGCCAGGCUUACACCGAAUGAAAGUGCGCCGCAAGGACCCGCGCUGGGUGUAUUCCACUGCGAUCACGCUCCAGGAAUGGGCUGACAACCUACCAGCCCGGGCUCUCCUCGAGCAGGCCCUCCGAAAGGAGAAGGGCGACCCGGAGCGCACCUACAAGCUGGGCAUUGUGUAUGCAAGUGGGAAGCACCUCAAGGACAAGGGCAUCCAGUUCCUCUCUUACCACUUCAGGCAGCACUGGUACCCGUGUCACGUGUACCUAUACCAGGCGGCGGUGGGUGCUGAGGAGCCGCAGGAUGGGGAGCCAGAGGAGGUGGAAUUGAAUCUGCGCAGCACCGCAGAUGGGACGCUGUUCCUCACCGGGAAUGUGGGCGUGGGCGACUUGCUGGAUAUUUCCGGCCAAGAGGUCCGGUUGCUGCCACCACAUCGCGUCUUCGCCGUCACCCUUGACCAAGCUGUUGUUGAUGGCGCUGAGCCCACACACAUGGUGGAGUUCACGGCGCAGAUGGAGCUCGCCACGAGGUUGCGCUUCCGGCCCUUGGAGAUGUUGCCGCUGACAGAACCGGCAGCUGCCAGGAUCUCUGCUUGUCCAGAAGAAGAAUUGCAUGCCUUGCCAUCCCAGGUCUGGCAGACGCCACUGAUGGCGAGCCUUCUGGGCAAGUAUCGCCAAGAGCGCAAGGAGCUCAGUUCUACCACUGCAGAGCUUGAAGUGAUGCAGUAUGCAGUGGAGACUUUGUUGGCACAGGCCGAGCAGCGCACGAGCAGCUCGGGGCUCCGGGGGCUGCUGCGCCCUGCCUGUUUCAGAACGCUGAAGGCCGGCCAGCGGCUUCUGUUUGAAGAAGACUUCGCAGGCAACAAGGCGGUCUUCGCCGAGGCCCUCAGAGGCCACCUGAGUUUUUUGGAGCCUGCAGCUGGGCAAAAUGCGGCGCAGAUCUACCAUCUGCGGAUGCAUGAGCUGCUGGGUGCAGAGGCCUGGAGGGAGUCGGAGCCUUCAACCCGACACGAGCAGGGCUGGUGCAGGGCCUUCCAGCAGGCGCAAGUGCAGCCCAUGCUCCGAGGUGCCCUGCGUUACCUCCUCAUGAUGGAGACGACGCACGCUCGGGCCACGCAUGCCAGCAUGACCCAAGCACUUUUUUCUGGGUGGGAAUUGGGGCUGCCCCCAACCAUUUCCUUGCCCGCAAUACACCAGGGUCCAUGUUUAAAUACCCCGGAUGCAGAAGCUAGGCCUGAAGUCAGCAUCAGACUUGGAUCCAGGCAGGCGUAUUUGAAUGGAUACCAACCUAGAGCUCCAAAAGUCCUGGGUAACUUGGACCCUUCCGAGACGAUGCGCUUGGAUCUGCGCGGACUGCAGCACCUGGCACCUCUAGACGGGGAGAUCUUGGGACAAGGACUCGGCCCACAGUGCAAGAAUCUGAUGCUGCUCAGCAGGACUGGAGCUGAGAAAUUCCCUGGCCUGGCCCCGGCACUGCGUCACUGCGGCAUGCUCCGCCAGCUGUCGCUGCACUGGGUAAGCUACGGCGAAAUGAGCCCAGAGGCCGCGUGCAUCCUCGAAGAUGCCUUGAGCAGCCUGCCGGAGCUCCGCCAGCUCAAGCUCCAAGACGACUGUCACAUGGAAGUUGUCCUAGGCCGAGAAGCGCGCCCUUUGAUACAGUCCCUCAGGCGGCUCCACAAGCUCACCAAUCUGGAGCUCAACGUUUGGCUUGGCCCGGAGGAGACCGCCGCCCUGGCCGACAGCUUGCCCUGUUUGCCGGAGCUUUGGCAGCUCGAGCUCCGCUUGCGCGAGCUGGGCAUGGAAGCUGCCGCCUCUCUGGCCGAUGCUUUGAGCAGUCUACAGGAGCUCCAGCAGCUGAUGCUCCGCUUGGGCGGCAGCAACCUGGGUACCAAGGCAGCCGCUCUGGCCGGUACUUUGAGCGGGCUUCAAAAGAUUCCGGGGUUCCAGCAGCUACAGCUCGAGUUGUUUGAGACGGAGCUUGGUCUCGAGGGCAGCCGGUCCCUCGCGGAAGCCAUUGGCCGACUCCCAGGGCUCACCACGCUAGAGCUCGGCCUCGAGCAGUGCCAGCUCGGUGCCGACGGCGCCAUCGCCCUGAUCGAAGCCUUGAGUGGCCUUCGAGAGCUCCGGCAGCUGAAGCUCGUCCUGGACGGCCCAGCCAGCCCGGCUUUUGCGCGGGGCAUCGGCCAACUCCCCAGGCUCAGGAAGCUGGAGCUCAGCGGCUUCCACUCGGGCUCGAUCGGCAUGGAAGCUGCUGUUUCCCUGGCCGAUGCCUUGAGCAGCCAACAGGAUCUCCAGCAGCUGAUGCUCCACUUGGGCGGCCACGAACUGGGCCGGGAGGCCACCGCCGCCCUCGCAGACGCUUUGGGUGGACUCCGGGAGCUCCAGCUGCUGAAUCUCCACUUGGGUUGGAACGAGCUGGGCCCAGAGGGCGGCCAGUCCCUGGCGCAAGCCCUCGGCCACCUCCAGAAGCUCACCACGCUGGAGCUCGACGUGCACUCGUGCGAGCUUGGCCCUGAGGAAGGGCACUCUCUUGCGAAAGCCCUCGGUCAGCUCCCAGAGCUCACUGUCCUGUCGCUGGAACUGAUGUUAAACCCCUUCGGCCCAGAGACCGUCGCCGCCUUGGCCGACUCCUUGAGCGGGCUCCGAGAGCUUCAGCAUCUGCAGCUCGAAAUGAUGCAUAUUGAGCUGGGCCCCGAGGCCGGACACGCCUUGGUGCAUGCCCUUGGCCGGCUCCCAAAGCUCACCACACUUAUCCUCUACAAUUGCCAGUUCGGCAAGCACCCCUCGGACUCCGUGGGCUCAGAAGCCGCGGUCGCCCUGCCUGAGGCCUUUAGCAGCCUGCAGGAGCUCCAAGAGCUAACGUUCUAUAUGCACGAAGUCCAGCUGAGCCCAGAGGGCGGCCAGUCCCUGGCGCAAGCCCUCGGCCACCUCCAGAAACUCACCAAGCUGGAUCUCAUCCUGUAUGCGUGCGAGCUUGGUCCGGCCGCCGGCUCCGCGCUGGCCAACUCUUUGGGCGGUCUCAAGGACCUCGUGCGGCUUGACAUGAAGUUGCAGCAUAACCAGAUCGGCCUCCAGCCUUGCUUGAUGCUGGCAGAGAAUCUCAGCCGGCUCAAGGGGCUGGCCAGCCUGAAGAUCGAUCUCCAAAAUGUUGGAGUCGGUCCGGGCCUCAGGAGCACGCUUCCCAGGGCCGUGAGCGGGUG